AAAAAGAAAGCUUUGAGUGCUAAUACUUUAACCAAGAUAUUAAAGGAAAUAGAAUAUCAAGAGAUACCACAAUAUAUCCUUCUUCGGGCAGCCCAAAGAGGAAAAACAUUUCAUAAAACUAUUCAAGAAUUUGUGCAAAGUGGUAGUUAUCCCCCUUUCGUUGAUUUGACUUCGGAAACUAUUUCAAGUAAUUUAGAAAAGAGGAUUCAUGAAACCAUCAAUUUUCUGAAAAAAAAAACCUCUUUAGAACUUAACCGUUUUCUUGGUAGUGAAAAAUUGCACUAUGUUUUUUAUAAAGGUGAAUUAUUGGCUACUUAUCUCGACUUAGAAUUUCAGGAUCACAUUAUUGAACUGAAAACGAAUAGUGUUAAAAGUAAUGAUAAUCCCCUUGCCCUUUUAGUUUUCGAAAUUCAACUGCUUAUUCAAUAUUUAUGUACCGGAAAGAAUGUUUAUCUUUUGUGA